AUGUCUUACGCAUUAUCACAAACUCACAGACAAUUAACUGAAGGUCACUUGAAAGAGACAGACCCAGAAGUCGAUCAAAUCAUUAAGGAUGAAGUUGACAGACAAAAGCAUUCGAUUGUGUUGAUUGCUUCUGAGAAUUUCACCACCACUGCCGUAUUUGAUGCCUUAGGAACUCCAAUGUCCAACAAAUACUCUGAAGGCUACCCAGGUGCAAGAUACUAUGGUGGUAAUGAGCACAUUGACAGAAUGGAAACCUUGUGUCAAGAAAGAGCCUUGAAGGCAUUUCACUUGACCCCGGACCGUUGGGGUGUUAAUGUGCAAACAUUAAGUGGAUCUCCGGCCAACUUGCAAGUUUACCAAGCCAUCAUGAAACCGCACGAGAGAUUAAUGGGUUUGGAUUUACCUCACGGUGGUCACUUGAGUCACGGUUAUCAAACUGAUUCUAGGAAAAUCAGUGCUGUUUCAACUUAUUUUGAGACCAUGCCAUACAGAGUUGAUUUGGAAACUGGUUUGAUUGACUACGAUAUGUUGGAAAAGACUGCUGUAUUGUACAGACCCAAGGUUUUGGUUGCUGGUACCAGUGCUUAUUGUAGAUUGAUUGACUAUAAGAGAAUGAGGGAGAUUGCGGACAAGGUUGGUGCUUACCUUGUUGUUGAUAUGGCCCACAUUUCAGGUUUGGUUGCUGCUGGUGUUAUCCCUUCACCAUUUGAAUAUGCCGAUAUUGUUACCACUACUACACACAAGUCAUUGAGGGGUCCAAGAGGUGCCAUGAUCUUCUUUAGAAGAGGUGUGAGAUCCACCAACCCAAAGACUGGACAAGAGAUUUACUAUGAUUUGGAAAACCCAAUAAACUUUUCUGUAUUCCCCGGUCAUCAAGGUGGUCCCCAUAACCACACCAUUGCUGCUUUGUCGACUGCUUUGAAGCAAGCUGCUACUCCUGAGUUCAAAGAGUACCAAGAACAAGUGUUGAAGAAUGCCAAGGCUUUGGAAGAAGCAUUCACUGCCAAGGGAUACAAAUUGGUUAGCAAUGGUACCGACUCGCACAUGGUUUUGGUUUCUCUUAAGGACAAACAAAUUGAUGGUGCUAGAGUGGAAACUGUUUGCGAAAAGAUCAAUAUCGCAUUGAAUAAAAAUUCUAUUCCAGGUGACAAAUCGGCUUUAGUCCCGGGUGGUGUUAGAAUUGGUGCACCAGCUAUGACUACUAGAGGUUUAGGCGAAGAGGAUUUCAAGAGAAUUGUUGACUACAUUGACUUUGCAGUCAAUUUCGCCAAAAAGACUCAAGAAUCUUUGCCCAAGGAUGCUAACAAAUUGAAGGAUUUCAAAAACAAGAUUUUGAACGAAUCAGACGAGACUUUGGAAAAGGUCAAACUGGAGAUUAGCGAAUGGGCUGGCUCUUUCCCAUUAGCUGUUUAG